AUGCCCGGCUCGUCGCUCUGUCAUCCCUCCCCCCUCGGCUCGGAUGCCUCUCGUCCUCUUGCAAUUUCCCCCGAGGAUUCCUCCGUGACCGAUCUGGCCGGCAGCCUGGUCGCUGCAGCUCCUCCCACCUCAGCUGUCCCGAUUGGGAAUCUGGUCACACUACCCCCGUCCACCACUUCUACUCCCGGUGAUCAGUCCGGGUUAGUGGUGCCCCCCUCGUCGCGUUCCAGUUCCUCCGAUCUUGAAGCUUCCCCCGGCAUCGUGCAGCAGAUGAUUCGCUCCACCAGGGUUGCCAUUGUCACCCUCGCCUCAUUGAUUGCCUAUGUCUUGAUCAACAGCGCCGCGCGCGCCGUAAAUCCGUCGGCUUUCAUCUGGUAUGCUGAGGAUCAUGACGAGCAGAGCUGGAUUGCCUCCUCGCCGUCCUGGCUGGAUCGCAAGGCCUGUCGGUGGCUCGGCAUGUGCGGGACCGCCCACUUCCGCCUAGUGCGGGCCCGCUACGGCCAGCGCGAGCCCACUUUGGGACCCUGGUCGCCCGAUGACGAGGCCCACUACGCCGCCUGGCGCGAUGCGCAAUUCAACGACUCCCAGCAGCCCGCAUGGGAUGAAGCCGAACGCUCGCGUCGGCAAAUCCCCGAGUAUGUCUUCCAAUAUGCGCCGUUGGUUUACCUGUCCUCGCAUGAGCAGUUUUGGCCUGGCGACAUUGCCGAACAUCUUUACCACGUCACCCCGAUGCUGAACUACACCCCCAUUCAAUCGGAUGAGGAGCAUCCUACCUUGCAGGACCUCGAUCAGCUGAACGAGUGGCAGGAAGGUGAGUUCGUGUACUUGACUAGCAACGACAAUGUAGAGGAUCGCCCGCCAUGGAUUGAAGGCGAGAAGAAUAUUCCCGACGAUCCAGAUGACGAUCUUGAGCUGUCUUGGCCUGACUGGGAUGGCCGGAUAGACGGGCCUAUUCCUGGGGACACGCCAGAGGAACGCUCCCAGUGGUAUGACACAGGCCGUCUCUCAUCAUCGAAGGGAGAGGAUGACAGUUGGUCUCCGGAAGAUCUGGGGUAUCUCCGCCCGGAAGACCUCGCUGACGAGGAUGUCCGAACCGAGUUGCGCAAACGGUUCGGCGGCGAGCCUAUUCACGUCGAAAAGACUGGCGGGCGCAGUAACGCUCCGGCAAUUCUGCUGGUGAUGGACAAAGGCCACGGCGUCGUAGAUGCGUUCUGGUUUUAUUUCUACAGCUUCAAUCUGGGCAACGUAGUGCUGAACGUGCGGUUCGGGAACCACGUGGGUGACUGGGAGCACUGUCUGGUGCGAUUUCACGACGGCAAGCCCAAGGCGCUUUUCUUCAGCGCGCACUCGGCGGGAGAAGCGUACAGUUACGAAGCCGUUGAAAAGAUCGGCCAGCGGCCCGUGAUUUACUCCGCCAUGGGCACCCAUGCCAUGUAUGCCACCCCAGGCAUCCAUGCCUACAUCCUGCCCUGGGGCUUGUUGCACGACCAAACCGACCGCGGGCCCCUGUGGGACCCUCUUCUGAAUGCCCACGCCUAUACGUACGAUUAUGAUAGUGAUAAUCUUCGUGCAUCCACUGCCACGCCAAGUGCCCCUAUCGAGUGGUUCUACUUCAACGGCCAUUGGGGCGACAAGUUCUAUCCGCUAGGCGACCAGCGACAGUAUCGAUUCGCUGGUCAGUAUCAUUAUGUCAACGGCCCAGUGGGACCGCGGUUCAAGCACCUCAACCGCCACAAGGUCUGUCAGCAGCGGGACGAGGAAGUCUGCGUCAUCAAGAACUAUAUCGGAGAAGAAAAGCGGGCUAAACGCUGGGCGGGUACUCGACCUGAACAUGAGAAAGAACAUGACUGA